CUUUUUCAUUUUCAGACCCCUCCCCCCCCCCUCCCCCGGGCCCUCCCUUUUUUCCUGGCCAUUCUCAGAUAGUUUUGUGGGUCUGCAGCGUAUGAUUGAAGAGCCAUAGUACAAUUGAAUUAGGAGACAUGAUGUGCACAGAGAAUUAACAAGAAAUAUGUUGAUUGGAUUGGAUAAAAAAUCCUUGGUUAGAGGCAAUUCAAUCAAGAGGCACGAAGCAGAUGAGCAUCGACUGGAAGCAACUGAUACAAGCAAAGCAUUCUGAAGAUCUACAGCUACUCCUCUUCUGAUGAGUGAUAUGAUAUAGUUCAUGAAGACGACAUCACAUGGCAAGGGGAAAGAUUACUGGGAAGAGGAUAACAUACUCGAAGGGAUGCCAGCUUGUCGACAAAUGUUCAACAUUUUCCACCCUUGUGAUCCCAUGGCAUACAGAUUAGAACCACUUGUCUGUAAAGAAUAUCUCAACAAACGCCCUGUCAUAAUACCCUACCACAGAGGUGGGAAACGACUGCAUAUUGGUUUUCAGGAAUUUAAAGAAGUAGCUUUGCAUUCACAGGCUUUUGCGAACAAUAUAAAUUCUGUAAAGGUAAAGGUGAUUACUCUUUGUCAAUCAAGAUACAACGAUGGCGAAGAUGAGGAGUCCCAAGAGUACCAGGAGAAAGAAGAGAGGUCGUAUGGUUCAAUUAUGAUGGAGAGAUUAACUGGAAGUGAAGAUGGUCGAAACAAUUGUGCAAUUAACAUUUUGUCUUCCCAGCUUCUUGUGCAAUUGAAGGCUUAAUAUUUUGUGUGGGGUCUUUCUUUCUACAUGGCUAUUCUUCUUGUUUUUUCUACCCUUUCAUUGUUGUCAUUGUAGCCGUUCUAGUCAUUUGGUGUUCAUACGCUGAUAUGUAUGCUACAUUGAUGCGGACACCACUGGCUUGUAUUCAUGUGUCCCCUACUCCCCUUAAAUAGCAAUUUACAAUGCCAAGUUAUCUUUCGUUUAUAGUCACACAUUGGUUUAUGAUUUUUUGUUGUAUCCUUAUACAAUUCAGACAAUUUUCACCUCA